GUUAUAUUUCAACUCAGUUCAGUGUGUAACUGUUGUCAAGAUGAACCGGUCUCCGGGCGGAGGUUUUGUAAAAUGUAUAUGCAGGAAAGUGGGUAAAGACUUCGCGAAUAGAGAUGAAAACUCGAGCCGGAAUCGCAGAGGUUUGUCUACAGGCCAGGACCAUGAUGGACGGCAACGCAUCAACGAAAUGGAUGUACUGGAACGGGACUUUGAGCGGAAUAUAGUACGGCUGGAGAGCACUCUGGGAUACCUGGAUACUCGCGAGAAGACGAUGGCCACCGAAUGGAUACAAAAAUUGUGGGCCUUCCAGCCCAAUGUAACGGAAGCCAAGGCCAGGAACGCCAUUCUGUCCUACUUGAUCAUGAGCAUUGACGACAACGUCUUCAACCGGGAGCCGUUCAACAAGUCCCCACCGUUCGGCACUCUGUCCGGCAUUCAAGCCGUAAUGCCCAUAACCCAGAACACCAUGUGCCUGGAGCCACCCAGUGAGGACGCCAAACGACGAUACAUUGCCGAUUUAUUCAAAAAUUGUUACGAUUCCGGUAAUUUUCUGGCCCAGCUGCCAGUGCCACGCGAUGGGGCUUUCGUUAUAUUCCACAUGCGCCCAAAUGUAUAAAAACAUUCACUCAAUUUCGCGAGGAAUUCAACCACCAACAAAUUCCAAGUUGAAAUUUAAAUAAAUGGCUUUAAACCAG